UAUCACGCAUGCGCGUGCGGAUGCACGCAAGGACAAUGGAGUCGCGAACACCGGAGUCAAGCCGAACAGCGCUCCCUCUGCCAAUUCGGAUUAGUCAUAGUUACAAAACAGAUGAUUCGACCCGUAACGGCGUUAUAUCACCUCAGUGCGAUCAUCUCUGCGCUGUUUUUUGAUGGUCAGCCGGUGCUUACUGGAAGUUCCUGUUGUAAAGACUCACUCCUGGCUUUCUCAUUCUGAACAAUAAGGACGUCAUAUGAUUUGUAUAAGACUCAUAUACAAUGUCUGAAGUCACUAUAGGACGAAAGAAGGAAAAAUGUGAGAACUGCACUAAACAGUGCCACAAGAAACAGAGUGAUGAAAGUAUAAAUUCACUCCAGGAGAAAGAUAUCGCCAAUGGAGAGGUGAGAGAGUCUAGCUCAGUUCAGCAGGUGCUGCUGAGCGCUUGCCUUUCCUGUGAAGGGUGUGUAUCUGAAAGUGAAAGCCAGAAAAUCUCUCAACAGAAUCUGGAUGGAAUCAAGCAUGUGCUUGAGCUUAAUAAGAAGUGUGACACCUCAAAACACAAAAUUUUGGUGGUGUCCAUGUGUCCCCAAUCGGUGCCUUUUUUUGCCAUCAAAUAUCACCUGGAUGUUCCGGCAGCGGCACAGAAGCUCUGUGGCUUUUUGAAAAGCGUGGGGGUCCAUUAUGUGUUCGAUACUACAAUAGCUGCUAGUUUUAGCAUUUUGGAGAGCCAGAGAGAAUUUGUACAGCGUUACCGGCGUAAACAUCAUGACGCUAAUGCCAUGCCGAUGUUCACCUCCUCGUGUCCAGGAUGGAUCCGCUAUGCAGAACGCGUUCUCGGCAGCCUGGUCACACCGCACAUCUGCACGGCCAGAUCUCCUCAACAGAUCAUGGGCUCGUUGGUCAAAGAUUUUUUUGCUAGACAACAGAAACUGACCCCGGAUCAGGUUUACCAUGUGGUUGUCGCUCCCUGCUUUGAUAAGAAGCUGGAAGCAGUGAAAGAUGAAUUCUACAGCAGCAUCCUGGAGACCAGAGAUGUUGACUGUGUGCUUACAUCAGGAGAGAUUUUCCACUUGAUGAAAGAAAGAAAGGUUACUAUGGAGGAUGUGGAAUCUGUUUCUUUGGAUCACAUGUUUAGCGAGACCUGUGACACGGGAAUGGUCAGGCAUGAAGGUCGUGGCUCUGAAGGUUUCUUGGAGCACAUCUUCAAACAUGCAGCCAAGGAGCUGUUUGGUCUUGAUGUACAAGAAAUUGUGUACAAGACACUCAGAAACCGAGACUUCCAGGAGGUGGCGCUAGAGCGUGAUGGAGAGACCCUUCUGCAGUUUGCUGCAGUUUAUGGUUUCCGAAACAUUCAGACUUUAGUGCACAGAAUGAGAAAAAACAAAGUGCCCUACCAACUAGUAGAGGUGCUUUCCUGUCCUGGAGGUUGUUUAAGCGGCCGAGGACAGGCUGAGGGAGAGGGAGGCCGACCUGACCGCUCUCUGGUCCAGCAGAUGGAAGAGUCCUACAGCAGCUUGCCCAUCAGACUCCCCGAAUUCAACACAGAGGUCCAGCGUCUCUACCAGGACUGGCUGGACGGCCAUGACUCUCCACAUGCCCAACAAUGCCUCCACACUCUGUACAGCAACCAAACACAGACUACCCCUCAAAUACUGAAUCCUGACAUUCAGUGGUAGUUGGAACAAGCCUUUUUAUUUUCACAUAUCUGCCACUGAGCUCAGUUUUAAACCAUCCAGGCUAACUUCACAGAUGUGACUCAUGCAUGGCACUAUGUUGGGGUCACACAGACUGUGCUGUUUGCAAUGCAGCAGAUAAACAGCUGCAAAUUUCAACCAAGCAGGGUCUCUGUUUCGCUGCAAAAAAUCAAAUUCUACACAGAUUCGCAUUCACCAACAUGGUUUGUGGAUGCACUCUAUCAUUCCACCAAAUGAUGUCAUGGAUGUUUGAGCGAACAACUAUUGCAGAGAUAAAGUAUGAUUAUUUUUAAGGAUUAUAGCAAUAACAGAACUUUGUCUUUGUUCUGUUUGAAAAAAAAACUGACCGUUAUUGGUGUUACUGGACUGGUCCCCUUUCAUAUGCAUUAAAGUAAUUGGUGAAGGCUAUAUGUCAGAAUUUGUAACUGUAAGAUCCAGCUGAAGAAACUAAUAGUGGUGCUAUGAAUAGAUAUCAGUGAUAAAUUAAAAGCAUCAACCAUCAAA